UCUCAUUUACGGUUUUUACAUAUUUAUUUUAUGAAACUAAUUUGAAAUUUAAAAAAAAAAAACAUUGUACUUUAAAAUUCUUUAUUUUUUUGUGUCUAAAGUUUAUGGAGACUUCUUAAUGAAUAAUCUUGUUUACAUGGUUUAUAUGAUAACUUUACUGAAAAAAACAUGGAAAAAUCUGAUGAAAAUAUAAAAACUAUUAUGGAUGUAAAUUCAUUUGAAGAUUGUGAUUCAUUGCUAUAUAGUGGUUAUGACAAUACAAGUGAAACUAAUUAUCAAUAUGACUUAUCUCAAUACUCUUCGGAUAAUAAUGAGUCAGUAAUGGUAAUUGAUGAUGAUGAUGAUACAUUGAGUGAUAUCAGUAAUAGUGAAAUUAUAGAUGAGAAAAAUAAAUUAAAUGUGCCUACUUCAAUUAAAAUGCCAGAACAAAAAAUUAUUGUAAAUGAUGAUUUUGAAGAUGAUUCUGAAGAUGAAUCUGAGGAUGAUUCUGAAGAUGAUUCUGAAGAUGAUUCUGAUACAGAAAUAUAUGAGGAAACAGUUUCAAUAAAUAAAACAAUUUUAUCUGCUGCUACUAAAAAUACAAAUGUAAUUACAAAACAAAAAGAAAAUGAUUCUUUAAAUGUAAAGAAUUUAUUUAUUCCUAAAAAUGACUCCUCUAUUGCCAAAUCUAAUCAAAUUAAAUUACCAUCUGAUGCUGCAACUAACAGGCCAAAAACUACAAAGAAUUUACAGCCAGAGUCAUCGAGUAAAAAUAAAUUUAGUCAAAAAGGUUUUUACAAACUUAAAUCUUCAAAGGGUUCUUCAUCAGAUGUUUUUAUAAUCCCACACAAUGGUAUGAAUUAUAUGAUAACCAAAAAAAGUCCACCAAUGAAGUCUAAUCAUUCUUUAUCAACUACAUUAAAAGGACCAAGUACUGUAGUUACACCAAAUGAACAAAAUAAACAAGUUAUAUCAAAAGCUGCAUCAAGAGGUGAAAAAAAAGAGGAGUCUAACUUUGUUGCUCGGAUACAACAACAACUUGGCAAAAAAUAUAAAGUGGUACCAGAUCAAGGACAGGUACCUAUUAAUUUAGACCGUGUAUUCAAACGAAACCCUAAUUUUACUAAACAAAAAAUGGCAACAAAUCCUACUCCAAACGGACAUAAAGUUGGUGAUUUUUUUCGUCUAGGAAAUUCAUGUCAAUUGGCAAAUAAUAAGGAAACUAGAAAUGUUCAGCAUAAAAUAGUACCUACACCUGUUAAGUCUUCUUGGAGUAAAAUGUCUAAAACAAUUGAUCUAACUAAUGAGAGUAAAAAUAAUAAGUUUAUUCCUCAUACUAUUACAAGUAAAGAUGCCACAGAAAAGAAUACAAAUUAUUUUAUUAAAAAUGGCAAUGUUUAUCCCAAAAAAAUAAGUCCUACUACAACUGAAAUUAUUGACCUAUCUGAUGAUAGUCCACCGUUAAGUCCUACUAGAUAUGAUAAAAUAACUAAAAAUAAUCAUAAAACAAUUCAGUCACCAUCAUUAGAUUUUCUUAACAAAUCUAAAACAAAAUUGAAUUUUUUUGAGAUGCUAAAAAACAGUGGUAAUGAUUCAAAUGGCUUUAGUGAUGAAAUAUUACAAGUAAAUUGCAGUAAAACUGGUACAUCAAAGAAUUCAAAUAUUAGAAGAGCAGUUAAAACCAAUUUGAAUAAAAAUAAAGUAUUAUUGUCUGAUGAAAUUAUUAAUUUAAGUGAUCUCAGUGAUUCUUCUAAUGAAGAAAAUGAUGAUACAUCUGAUCAGUUCAUUUCUUGCAAAUAUGAAUAUUGUGAUACAUUAGUGUAUGAACCUGAAUUGAUUGAUGAUUUAUAUUGUAGUUUAACAUGUAAAAAUUUAGACAUGAAAAAAAUAGUAACUGAAGAAGAAAAUAUUGAUGAAACUACAAAUCUAACAAAAACAUCUAAAGUUGAUCGAAAACAUUUAUUAACAAAAUUGGAAAAUAGAAUAAAUAAGAGGAAACAAUUGCUAACUUCUUGUCCAAAGGACUCGGUUAAAGAAAAUGAUUUUGAUCAACAAUUGAUAAAUUUUUUUAAUAAACCAUCAUUAGAAGAUAAUCAAUCUUUAUUAGAAUUAAAUAAAGAUCUUAAAGGCAGAUGUAAUAUUCCAGAUGUAAUAGAUAUUGAUGACGAUGUUGAUGAUGAUGACGAUGAUGAUGAUGAUGAUGAAUAUUUUGAUCUUAAACCUUUAAUAGAAGACAAAGAUGUAUUAAAUUAUAUGGUUGGGAUGCAAUUUAAAUCUGCCCCCAAAAAAUUGUUUGAUAGACCUUUUCCGUCUGAGAAGAACUUAUUUGUUGUAGGACAAAAACUUGAAGGUAUUGAUCCCAAACAUGAAGCAUUAUUCUGUGUAAUGACUGUAUCAGAAGUUUGUGGAUAUCGCAUUAAAUUACAUUUUGAUGGUUAUCCGGAUGAUUAUGAUUUUUGGGUUAAUGCGGAUUGCCCAAAUUUGUUUCAUCCAGGAUGGUGUGAAAUGAAUUCGCGGAUUCUACAACCACCAAAUAAUUAUGAAAAUCAAUUUAAUUGGAUUAGUUAUCUUAGAGAGUGUCAAGCUUUACCGGCUCCAAAACACAAUUUUAUCUCUACUAAAAACAUUAAUAAUUAUAAAAAUCAACAUAAAUUUCAUAUCGGAGAUAAAUUAGAAGCAUUAGAUAAAUUAACCCGCACACUUCCAAAACAAUUAAUAUGUGUUGCCACUGUUGCUGAUAUCUUGGGUAAUCGCAUUCGUAUUCAUUUUGAUGGAUGGACAGAUGAUUUUGAUUAUUGGACGGAUAUUACAUCAACUAAUAUACAUCCAAUUAGAUGGUGUGAUAACAAUGGUCGAAUUUUGUCUCCUCCUAGUGGUUAUAAUGAUAUGAAAGGAAAAAAACCCUUUAAUUGGACUGAAUACUUAAAAGAGACAAAUAGUAAUCCUGUGCCUGAAGAUGCAUUUAUCCGUAGACCAUUAAGAGACUUUUCUAAUGGAAUGAUAAUUGAAGUUAUUGAUCUUGUUGUUCCAAGACUGUUAAGAAUUGCUAGGGUAGUAGAUGUUAGAGGUGAUGAACUAAAAAUUGUUUAUGAUGGAUUUAAUGAUAAUUAUGCAUACUGGGUUGAAGACGAUAGUCCAGAUAUUCAUCCUGUUGGAUGGUCAGCAAAGACUAAUCAUCCAAUUGAACUACCUCCAGCACCUAAUACACUAUGGAAUUGCAGUAUCUUUGGCUGUAAAGGUUAUGGAAAUUCAUCAAAUAGAUUGAAAAAUGAUCAUGUUGAUUUAAAUGAGUGCCCAUAUGAAAUGGAUUCAUGGAAAACAGCUGUAGCUGGGUUAGCAAAGAUGCCUGAUCGAUUAAAAGCUAAUAAUGUUUUAAUUACCACAACAUUGACAAGUUCAAAAUCAAAAGGCAAUAUACAUCAGAAUAAUGAAAAUAAUAUAAAAAAUAGAAUAAGUACAGAAAUCAAGAAUUAUUUUACGAUCAAAGAAAAGAUAAAUGAAAAAAGAUUAAAUCUUAUGUUGGAUACAAAUAAUAUUGAAUCAGAACGUGAUUCUGAUAGUAGAAAUUCAUUUAUUAAUAACAUUCCAAGUAGUAAGAACAAAAAAUUGCGCAAAGCAGUUGGUUUAUCUCUUGUGGGAUAUAAUUUGGGCUCAGUAUUUAUGGAACAAAAACGCAAUGAUUGGAUCAGACAUAAUGCUCAACUAGGUAUACCAUUCUUCAAUACAACUGAUGUAAUAAAAUGGUCUGUUCAUGAUGUGGCCUCAUAUGUUAAAAAAGUGGUUGCAACUUAUACCUCAAAAAUUCAUGAUACCAAUGAAGAAAUCAGUAUUUCUGAUCGGUUCAUUGAUCAAGGAAUUGAUGGUGAGUCAUUUUUAAUGUUAAAUCAAGAUGAUAUAAUGAAUAUAUUAAAAGUUCCACUUGGUCACGCAUUAAAAAUAACCAAUGCCAUUAUACUAUUAAGACAACAGACUUCUGGAUUUCAUUUAUUUGACCUUCCUCAAGAUUAAAAUAUUGACAUAUUGACUACUACUAACAAUAUGAAAUUUUAUUUCAUGCUUCAAUCAACUAGUGUUAUAUUUUUAUUUUUAACUUAAAUUUUAAGUUUUUUUUUGUAAGUAUUUUUGUG